AUGGCCGAAGCAAUGGAUAUAGACCCCCCUUCCUCCUCUAAUUUCCCAAAGAUCCAAAUCAACCUCUCAACCCGCGACACUACCCUCUCAAUCCCUCUACAACCUCUACGAAUCCCCACAAACCUCAAACGUUACGGCCUCUCAACCCUCGUAAACCACCUUCUCGAAACCUCCAAACCGAUCCCUUUCGACUUCCUUAUCGAUGGAAAAUACCUUCGUACUUCUAUCGACGAAUACCUCACCCAAGCCGGCUUAAGCUCCGAAAAGCCAUUGGACGUGGAAUACGUUAGAUCGCAAUUACCACCAACCUAUAUUGGUAGCUUCGAACAAGAUGAUUGGAUAUCUUCUGUCAAUAUAUCAUCUCCUUCCCCGUCAUCUACAAUCCUUACAGGAUCCUUCAAUGGAACCGCACAGAUAACCUCUUUGUCAGGCGAAGUCCUCGCAAGAACGGUGCCAAUGCAUACGCAGUCCGUCAAAUCCACAACCUGGAUCACCCACCCCGGCCAAUCCUCAGAAGCAUCUUUCCUGACCGCCGGCCUCGAUCGCACGAUAAACCUCUGGUCCUAUACUCCAUCCCAAGAACCAUUGUCCUCCCACCCCCUUCAAAUCUCUCCAUCAACAUCCUACAUCUCUCACAAAUCCACAAUAACAUCCCUCUCCUACUCCCCCUCAACCUCCCAAUUCAUCUCCUCCUCUUCAGACCACACAAUCGCUCUGUGGUCCACAAACUCCAGCUUACUACCAACAGUCACAGCCCCCCAAUCCACAGCAUUCACCCGAAAACGCAGACGUACAACCACAAAACCUCCUUCGACCAUCAAAAAGGGUCCUUUGGCGGUAUUAACCUCUCACACAGCUCCGGUCUCCCAAGUAAUCCACUCCACAGACCCAACGGCAGCCUACUCCGUCUCAUGGGAUAAAUCAAUCAUAACCCACGAUCUAGUCACCUCGCAACCCGUUUCAACCCGAACAACCCAACAUCCACUUCUCUCAAUAACCACCUUACCAACCCUAAGCCUCCUAGCAGCAGGUUCGGCAGCAAGACACAUAACCCUCCACGACCCACGUGAAUCCUCGAGAACAGUACAAACAGCCGUACUACGAGGCCACACAAAUGGUGUCGUAAGUCUUGUGAAAAGCCCAGAGAAUGAAUACAUCUUUGCAAGUGGAAGCCAUGAUGGGAGUGUACGUAUCUGGGAUGUUAGAAGUGUUUCUUCUACUUCUUCUACAGAUGGUGGAGAUGACGGUGAAGGGAAGAGCGGUGGUAGUCUGUUUGUGAUUAAACGUGAGAGCGGUAGUGGGAAGGUAUUUGGAGUAGAUUGGAGUCGUGAUGUUGGGUUGGUUAGUGUGGGUGAGGAUAAGAAGAUACAGGUGAACAGAGGGGAAGGAAUGGCGGAUGUGACAGUUAUGGAUCAGUCUUAA